ACACUUCCUGUUUCCUAAUAACAAUAGGAAGUGUCCGAGGAGGUGAGGGUAGACUGCUGGCUCGUGCCAGCUGCGCCCUCUUUCCUCUACUUCCUUCCUUCUCCCCCUCUCCUUUCCCUCUUUCCCUCCCCUCCCACUUCCCAGGAGCCCUGGUGGAGUGUGCGUGUGUGGGAGCGCGAGAGCCCCCCAACAGCCACCCCUUGGGGCGCGCGGCUGCAGUUAGGGUGAGGGUCCCAGUGCGCAGGCGCGCUCCCGUUCGCCGUCCCCAACGGACGCACCCGCGGCGGGAACGAGAAGGGGUCACCGGUGCGAGGCAUUAGACCCGCCACCAGAGGAAGAUGCUGCCAUCACCUGCCUGCUCUUCCUGAACCUCCAGGUUUCAGCCAUAAGGCCCCAUGGAGGACACGCCCACCUCACUCAGCUGCUCUGACUGUCAGCGCCACUUUCCCAGCCUCCUGGAAUUGUCACGGCACCGAGAACUGCUCCAUCCGUCUUCCAACCAGGAGAGUGAGGAGGCCAACAGCGUCCCUCGGCCCUACCGCUGUCAGCAGUGUGGGCGGGGCUAUCGCCACCCCAGGAGCCUCGUCAACCACCGCCGGACCCACGAGACUGGCCUUUUCCCCUGUACCACCUGUGGCAAGGACUUCACCAAUCCCAUGGCCCUCAAGAGCCACGUGAGGACUCAUGCUCCUGAGGGCUGCCAGAGGCGCAGACCCCCCCACCCCAAGGAAGCCACUCCACCCCUCCAGGGGGAGACAGCAUCCACUGACUCCUGGGGCCAGAGGCUUGGCCCUGGGGAGGGCUGGGAAAACCAGAAAAAACAUCCUGAAGAGACCUCUGGCUGUGAGUCUGGGCCAGACCCUAGCGCAGCUCUGGGCACUUGGGAAGAUCCACCCACCAGACCCAGAGAAGGCUGGGAAAGCCGGCCAGAUCCUGAGGAGGGCGCAGAGGGCUGGGGGCCCACCACCCACUCUGCCAGAGACCCACCGCUCCCCACCCCAGCCAGCAGUCUCCUUAGCAAUUUGGAACAGUAUUUGGCUGAAUCGGUAGUGAAUUUCACAGGGGGCCAGGAGCCCACCCAGUCCCCUCCUGCCGAGGAGGAGCGGCGGUACAAGUGCAGCCAGUGUGGCAAGACCUACAAGCAUGCCGGGAGCCUCGCCAACCACCGCCAGAGCCACACCCUGGGGGUCUAUCCUUGUGCCAUCUGCUUCAAGGAGUUCUCUAACCUCAUGGCUCUGAAGAAUCACUCCCGACUCCACGCCCAGUAUUGGCCUUACCAGUGUCCCCGUUGCCCCCGCGCUUUCCGGCUCCCCCGAGAGCUGCUGGAACACCAGCAGUCCCAUGAGGGUGAAAGUCAGGAGCGGCCGUGGGAAGAGAAAGGGCUGCCCACCGCCAACGGGCACACAGAUGAGAGCGGCCGGGCCCGACUCCCUGGUACACAGAUGCUGAACAGCUCUGGGGAGCUGGAAGACAGUGGCCUGGAGGAGUACCGGCCUUUCAGCUGUGGGGACUGUGGCCGUACCUACCGCCAUGCUGGGAGCCUCAUCAACCAUCGCAAGAGCCACCAGACAGGUGUCUACCCCUGCUCCAUCUGUUCCAAGCAGCUGUUCAACGCAGCCGCCCUCAAAAACCACGUGCGGGCUCAUCACAGGCCCCGGCAAGGAGCUGGAGAGGAUGGGUCGCCCUCAGUGCGGCCAGCGUCCCUGCCUCUGGCUGAGACCACCCACAAAGAGAAGGAGGUCCCCCCCACCCCCCUGGACCACCGCCCCUAUAAGUGCAAUGAGUGUGACCGGGCUUACCAGCACCCGGGGAGCCUCGUGAACCACCGCCACAGCCAUCGGACAGGGGAGUACCAGUGCUCACUCUGCCCCCGCAAGUACCCCAACCUCAUGGCCCUCCGCAACCACGUGCGGGUACACUGCAAGGCUGCUCGCCGCAGUGCCAGACCCGGGGCUGAGGGCGCCCCCAGCCACCUCAAGGUGGAGCCCCCGCCCGACCCAGUGGGAGCAGAGGCAGCCCCAGGCACAGAUCAGGGGCCUGUGUGCAAACGUGAAGAGGCAGCCACUGAUGUCCCUCCAGCCGCGGCUAGGACCACACCACAGACAUGUAGCUUGUGUGGGAUGCUCUUUGAAGACCCUAAGAGCCUUGAACGUCAUAGCCGGACCCACGGAGAAGGGGAGGACAGCAGGACAGAGAGCAGGGUGUCCCCUCCUCGGGCAUUUGCCUGCCGAGACUGUGGAAAGAGCUAUCGCCACUCAGGCAGCCUUAUCAACCACCGGCAGACCCACCAGACGGGAGACUUCAGUUGUGGGGCCUGCGCCAAGCACUUCCACACCAUGGCUGCCAUGAAGAACCACUUGCGUCGCCACAGUCGGCGGCAGAGCAAGCCGCACCGGAGGCGGACUGGCAGUGCUGGUGGCAGGGGAGAAGCCAAACUCCCGUCCGGUGGGAACUGGGCCCUGGAGCUGGCGGAAAAGAAGGAGGGCCUGGACUGUCCCCAAGACCCUCCGGGGGGAAGGCCUAGUGGAGCCGAAGGCCACGUGGAAAGUGCUGGGGACUGUUUGCCGGCUGUGGCUGAGCGGGACAGAUGUGGGCUCGAGAGGGAUGAGGCCUGUUUCCAGGGUGAUAAUGAGAGCAGAGGCACUGGGGAAGGACUGCAAAGGAAGGAGGCCAGUUUCCUUGACAACGUGGACAUCCCAGGCGAAGAGGAAGGCAAUGGGCCUCGCUUCUCUGAUGGCCUCCCUGGGGGGGAGGAGGGCCAGACACCAGCCCCUGGCCAGCCCAGCUCCCCGGCCCGCUCUGCCAAGGCCUCUGCUGCCUGGCAGGCCGGGGUCUCCCACACAUGUCCUGACUGUGGCCGUUCUUUCCCCCACGCCGCCGGCCUGCUGAGCCACAGGCCCUGCCACCCCCCGGGCAUCUACCAGUGCUCCCUCUGCCCGAAGGAGUUUGACUCCCUGCCUGCCCUGCGCAGCCACUUCCAGAACCACGGGCCCGGGGAGGCAGCCUCGGCCCAGCCUUUCCUCUGCUGCCUCUGCGGUAUGAUCUUCCCUGAGCGAGCUGGCUACAGGUUUCACCUGCGCCAGGCCCAUGAUUCCUCGGAAACGACGGAGGGCUCAGACGAGGAGGGGGACGAGGAAGGAGCAGCAGGGGCCGCCUCCACCCGCAGCCCCCCACUGCCGCUCUCGGAAGCCGAGCUGCUGAACCAGCUGCAGCGGGAGGUGGAGGCGCUGGAUGGAGCCGGCUACGGGCACAUCUGUGCCUGCUGCGGUCAGACCUACGAUGACCUGGGGAGCCUGGAGCGUCACCACCAAAGCCAGAGUUCUGGGAACACCACCGAUGAGGUCCCCGGCCUCCUGCCUCCCCCAGGAGAGGCGGCUGAUGCCACGGGGAUGGUUGCCGACGCCGGUGUCUUUGAGGGCACGGUGACCUCUCUCCCUGGAGAGGGUGGCGACACAAAGUCUGGAGAGGGAGGAGGUGCGGCCCUCGCGGACAGCCUGGGCGCGCAGGGCACGCAGGGCGUGCAGGGCGGGGAAGGUUCUCGGGAGGCCCAGCCCCGCCCCUUCCGCUGCAACCAGUGCGGCAAGACCUACCGCCACGGGGGCAGCCUGGUGAACCACCGCAAGAUCCACCAGACGGGGGACUUCACCUGCCCGGUCUGCUCGCGCUGCUACCCCAACCUGGCCGCCUACCGCAAUCAUCUGCGGAACCACCCGCGCUGCAAAGGCUCGGAGCCCCAGGUGGGGCCAGUCCCGGAGGCCGGAGGCAGCAGCGAGCCCCAGAACCCGGCAGAGGAGGGCCAAGGGCAGGCCGAGGGCGAGAAGUUCCCGAAAGAACCUCAAAUAGAGCCCGCGGAGGAGGUGGCGGGGGUGAAGGAAGAGACCUGGGAGGAGACCGCCGGGAAGCGGGAGGAGAUGGAGCCCUGGCUGGAGACGGCGGCGGAGAAGGGCUGCCAGCCAGAGGCCCCCUCCGAGCGGCCCUUCAGCUGCGAGGUGUGCGGCCGCUCGUACAAGCAUGCAGGCAGCCUCAUCAACCACCGGCAGAGCCACCAGACCGGCCACUUCGGCUGCCAGGCCUGCUCCAAAGGCUUCUCCAACCUCAUGUCGCUGAAGAACCAUCGGCGCAUCCACGCGGACCCGCGGCGUUUCCGCUGCGCCGAGUGCGGGAAGGCCUUCCGCCUGCGGAAGCAGCUGGCCAGUCACCAGCGGGUCCACCUGGAGCGCGGUGCCAGCGGCGGCGCCCGGCAGCCUACCCGGGAGGAUCGGCCCUUUCCCUGUGGGCAGUGUGGGCGGACCUACCGUCACGCGGGCAGCCUCCUGAACCACCGGCGGAGCCACGAGAUGGGCCAGCCUAGCUGUCCCACCCGCCCCAAGACCGACUCCCACUGCCUGGCCCUGAAGGACCACCACAGGCUGCACUCGGAGAGCCGGCGGCGGCGUGCCGGGCGGUCCCGGCGGGCGCCAGUGCGCUGCGCCCUCUGCGGCCGGAGCUUCCCGAGCCUGGGAUCUCUGGAGGGGCACCUGCAGGAGCACGAGGAGGAGACCAGAGGCAGUCAGGGAGGUCCAGACAGCACAGAAGGCGCUCAGGGGAGCCCGGCCGAUGACCAGGGACUACAGGACACAUUGGGUGGUACCGAGUCUGUGCCCCAGCUGGAAGAUGGGGACGUGAGGCCAGCGGAGCAGAGUCAGAGCCCCUUCAGGGCAGCAGGUUCAGAGGCCACAGAGCCAGUGUCCUGGAGCGUGGGGAAAGCGGAUGGGUGGCAAGGAGACGGGGGGCCAGUGAAUCAUGAUGGAGAUUGGGCCCCUGAGGGUCACACACUGACCAAGCCAGAGGACGAGUCAGGGGACAUUGUCCUCGGGAGUCCUUGCCACCUUGGCAACUGCCAGCCCAAUGGACCUAGUCUGAUUCCCGUGGAGAGCUGGGACAACGGAGACAGUGGCCCUCAGAGCCAGCCAGAGAGCCCCUCCUUUUCCUGCAGCCGCUGUGGCAAGACCUCCCACCAGGCAGAAGGUCCCUUGAACCACCACGACACCCACAAGACAGACCGUCACUAUUGCUUGCUCUGCUCCAAGGAGUUCUUGAAUCCUGCGGCCACUAAGAGCCACAGCCGCAACCACAUAGCUGCCCAGGCCUUCGCCUGCCCUGACUGUGGCCAGACCUUUCAGUCCCACCAUGAACUAGCCAGCCAUCUGCAGACCCACGCGCAGGGCCUCAGUCAGGUGUCACCCCCGAGAGAGGAGGCCAGAGGCCCCAAAGCUGGGGCUGUGGAGGCUGAGGUGGAUCUGCUGGGUCAAGAGAAAACCCAGAAGGCCCCAUCGCAAGCCCCCAGGGCCGCAGGAGAGGAUGCCGGGAGAGCUAGUGGACGCCACGAUGGAAAGUCCACAGCGGCCGUGGACGAGGAGCGGCCCUUCCGCUGUGCCCAGUGUGGGCGUUCCUACCGCCAUGCCGGUAGCCUGCUGAACCACCAGAAGGCCCACACCACUGGACUCUACCCCUGCUCCCUCUGCCCCAAACUUCUACCCAACCUGCUGUCCCUUAAGAACCAUGGCAGGACCCACACGGACCCCAAGCGCCACCGCUGCAGCAUCUGUGGCAAGGCUUUCCGGACAGCUGCCCGGCUGGAGGGCCACGGGCGGGUUCAUGCGCCCCGGGAGGGGCCCUUCACCUGCCCCCAUUGUCCCCGUCAUUUCCGCCGCCGCAUCAGCUUCCUGCAGCACCAGCAGCAGCACCAGGAGGAGUGGACAGUGGCCAGCUCUGGUCAUGGCAACGCCGGAUCCUUAACCCACGGAGCGAGGCCAGGGAUGGAACCCGCAACCUCCAUGGUUCCUAGUCGGAUUCUUUUCUGCUGCGCCACAACGGGAACUCCAAGAAAACUAGUUUGAGGAUGCUGCCUUUUGAGCCCUCGGUCAAGUGAAAAGGUAGCCUGGUGGGUUGGGGCAGUGGAGGGCAGGGAGUGGCCAGGGACAGAGGCAGUGCCAGGACUUCUGCUGUGCUGGAGCCAAAGGGGAAUGGUCUUCCUGUUUGGGGCGUGGGAGCAGCUGGGUACGGCAUCCUGAUCCAGCCAGUUAGGUAAUGAUUUCCAGAGGAAAAGAUGGUGUCGGUUCUGCUCUUUUUCCUAGAGUGAGCAAGGAGCCAGGGAGUGAGCAAGGGGGCAGGGGGGGCACCCCCAGACUGGAAUGCUCUGUGGCUUCCCUGUUGAGCUGGUCAGGGAGACGGGGUCACUGGUUGGCACCCAGCUUCGGGUCUUUUCCCCGUGAUUUGUCUCUGCUCCCCCUUCUCUUCCUGGAAACUAGAUCCUUGGCCCUUUCCCACCCCUCUUGCCCCACAUCUCUUCUCCUUCCCUUUAUUCAACCCUCUCCUCUCUCUGCUGAGCCUUCCCUUUUUGGGGAUCCAACCAAACCACCCUUUCCACCUGCACACCCCCUCCCCGCCAGCACACCUUUAACUGGAGGACUGAGUCACAGAUAAUUGUUUCUUUGAAGCCAGGCCCAGCUGUGGCAACAACAGUCAUUAAUCCCUAUCUCCUGUUCUCUAUCAAGGGGAAGCUCCACAGAGAGUCACCUCCACCCAGUCUGGCUGGAGGACGAGGCUGCGGAGGAGUGGGACGGCCCGCUCACCCCCGCAAGUCCCUGGCUCGCUCUCCGCCUCCUCUGGGGAACCCUAGCCCUUCUUCUCCCAGAACCCCUUCCAUUUAGUGGCCACCAAAGGUGGGUGUCCCUGAGAUGGUCAGGGAAGGAGGGGAGGGUGCUGAGACUCCCCUGGGAACACUGACGAGCCAGCUUUCAGGAUAAAACGUUUUCUUUUGACCCCAAGGGACUGCAUGUGGAGCUAGUUUAGCCAGGUCUGGAAAGGUAAUGGAAGCUCUCAGACAGGCCUCGGGGGCUAGGGAGGGGGGUCCAAGCUGUGCAGGGUUUGCCCCCUCAGUCACCACCUCUCUCUCUCCCCAGGAACCCCAAAGGUGCCAGCGGCGGGCAGAGGGGACUUGUCAUUGCCCCCUCCACCCACACCCACGACCCCACUCCUGGACCCUUCACCCCAGUGGCCUGCAGACCUCAGCUUCUCCCUCUGAAGUUCAAGUCUCCAAAGAUCAGAAUAGGGGCAGGGGGCAGGGAAAGGCUUGAUCUCCUCAUUUUGCUCAGGAGUAGUUUGGGCAUCCCCAGCUCGUGUCUCCUCUCCCGCCCGCAGAGGAUCCAGGUCUGGCUUCUUUCCCAAGGAGGGGGUGAGGCAUUCCUCCUGGCCUGUCCUUGAAGGACCUGCUUUCCCCCAGCCUUUGUCACCAAGCUCUUCCCUGUGACCAGCCCUGCAAGAAACCUAGUACCAGGCUCUGCCAUGAUGCUGGGCCACCCUCAUCAGCCAGGUUCCAACACCAGGGAGAGGCAGACUCAGAGAAAGCCGCGGGUGGGAAUAUUGCCUGUGGAAGGGGAGCCUUUUACUACAAUUUGUAACUUAUUUUCUAAAGUCUAUUUUGUAACAAUUUAUUUAAGUUAAAAAAAAAAAAAAAAACACAGGAAAAUUGCUCCCUGCAAAAAAAUGAAA